UUUGAAAUUGUCUCGAAGCUCAUUUAUGAGUCAGACCAACCUUGCAGAGGGCACGGCAAAAGCCGUGGGUAAUCAGUAGAGAUUCGAGGCGAGGCCGGAGCUGGAAAGGAGACGGAAGAGAAAUCGAGAAAGGCUUGAGCGCCAGACAGAAGACAAGGACUGGUGAUGGGAAGCGCGGCAUGACAUCAAGUCAGGUGAAAAGGAGGCAGGGGGCUCAUCCGGGAGGCCAAUGCGCAGUGUUCAUCGCAAUGUCAACAUGAAUGUGGGAAUUAGUGAAGGUGCUCCACUCCGGAUAUUCGGACGUGCUUGUGUGUGUGUGUGUGUGUGUGUGUGUAUUCGUUUGUGUGUGUGUCCAAUGUCCACAGACCAGCUGGUGUUCGGUAUGCCUGUGCACACAUGUGGUCACUGUUUCCCCGUGGUCGUGCAUCCCGGCCGCGCACCAAAAUCGUCCGAGCGACAAUGCGAGGACAGGACACCUUUCAUUGAAACGUUUGAUGCGAGCUGAAAACGCACCGUGUCAGCUGGGCAGUAGCUGUUCCUUCCUUGCCGGCCGGUGGCUCGCUUGCAUUCUGUCCAACAUUAUUGGCGAGCAGACGGGCGCAUGACUUCUUGACUUCAUGCUUGGCUCUCGACGAAGAAGAACAAAGUGCCAAUGACCUGGUAUCGGCACG